AUGUCUACUGAACUAAAUACAAUUUGGAAUGAAAAAAAAGGAGUAGAACUUUAUUGGAUGUCAGUUGAAAGCACAGCCACCAAGAAUAGAAAUAAACAGCUUGGUCCUAGACGUUGUCCAGAUAACUUUUGGGUAUAUGAAACUAAACUUGAGGACUUGAAUUUCGAGAUUAUUUAUAUGGAGAUAUCCAAUGGACCUUGGAUGUUAGAUGAAAUUCAUUCAAUUGAGGAACAUAGGAGAUUAGGUCGUUAUUAUAUUAUUGUUACAUUAAAUGGAACUGUGAUGGAAAAUCCAUCUAUUUCUGAAACAAUAGUCAAAUUCGAAAUUAAUUCAUCAGUUUAUAUCGAAAAGAAAAAAGUGGCCAAUGCGUAUCACAAAACAACAGAAAAACAUCUUGAACCAAUUUCAAAAAAAUUAAAUCGUGGUCACACUAUUUUUCUAUCUGGAAACCUAGAAUUAGUGAACGGAUUAAAAAUGAUACAAGUAACAUCACUAUCUUUUGUUAAUUCAACCAACUCUAAUACCAUGUUAGAUAACCAAGUUUCAACAACAUCUCCUAUCAAAAUUAAUCCUUCAGUUGCAAAAAUUGCUCAACAAAUUAUAGGUAAUAGUAGUUCAACCAAUGAAACCAAGAAAAGAAAAGGAACAAAUAUUUUAAAACCAACAAGAAAUAUCAAAAUUCCAAAAUUAGCACAGUUAGCAGUAUCACAAAUAACAUCAUCAGAAAUUGUUAAUAUUGAAGGAAGCAACA